AUGAAGAUAUUUUACCACAAUUUGCUUGGCGGAUUGUUCGCCAACAAAUCUGAGGCGAAAUCGAUUAACACAACAUACAAAUACUCCAUACCUACUGAAGUCACUGAUGAGUUCCGUGAUCAAGACAACAAAUUUACCUUUGCACUCGUUUAUCCUGAAAUUAAUUUAUAUAAUAUCUGGCAGCAAACCAAUAAUCCGCUAAAUGAGAGACCAAAAGCAGCAAAUAAUUCUCACUAUUAUGUGGAAGGAUAUUAUAACAUCACGAUUUUAGCAAAUCGUAAUGAAACUAACUGUAUAUGGGGCGGCUUACUUCUGAGUCACACCGAAAAUUUGAUGGAUGGAUGUCCAGGGGGCAAAGAUUGGUUCUAUACAAUUGGUUAUGUUGGAACAGGUUGGAGAGCUGAUAAACAAUUGCUCAUUCCAUCAAAUGACAGUGGUGUCAAUAUUGUUAGCUUAUGGGUAAAAGUUAUUGAUGAUAAGUAUAAAGUUAUGCUUACUUGUAAAGCAAACAAUUAUGCAAUCUUCUCAAACAAGCUAUUUUACCUUGUUUUUGUUAUGAUAUCUGAAUAA